AGAAACAAGUUGAAGGGUCCUCUUUUAAACACAGUAAAUCACCACGCAGGGUCCUGCGUUCAGUCCGUUAUACGUCCAGUUAUAGUUUGAAGCAACUGUUUUGGGAUCGAGGACUUAUUUAUCCCACUAUGGGGAAUGGCAGAACUUACGUGAGAGGACUAUGCAUCACUUUCAAUGUCCUGCUUCUGGUAAGUAUGUGACCGGAUUACAUUUAAGUGUUUUGACCUGCUGGUUCUGAUUUAUUUUUUGUUUAUUAUUUAGUUAGUUAGUUAAUGGGUUAUGUUAUGGAUUCAUCAUUAUAACAGUGUAGAAAUCACAUUAAAAGCACUUGUGUGACAUUUAGUAACUAAAAAAGGUAAUUGAAAAACAAAACGUUAGUCUAAAGUGCAAUACAAAAUUGAAAACAUAUUGAAGUAUAUCUAUAUUGUAUAAUAUGCAGUGUAGUAUGUUGCCAAUAAUGACCUCAUACGGUAUCCUAAUACAUAUGAAACAUACCGUAACAUACCUAAAAUAUCUAUACUUCCAGGUAUCUGGUGUCUUUCUGUUUGUAGUUGGGGUUUCAUACAGCUUUCAACACCCUCCUGAGGUAAGAACUGGACAAAUGUGGUUGUUGUUUUUUUUUUUUUUUAUCUCAGAAGAGUUUCUUCUGCUGCCACAAAAUUCUUUAUGUAAUAAAAUAAUAACACAAUUUACAAUUAAUUGUAAAUUACCAAAGUUGUCAGGUCAUUUAACUGACCUUAACAUUUCCUGAUGUGAAAUUACAUUGUAAAAACCUACAGUACGUCACCUAAAGUGAUUUUGACAGCAACACAAAGAUGCAACAAUACUGUAUCCUGCUCUUCCUUUCUCAGAUGUUAAAGGCUCAUUCAGAAAGUAUUCAGACCCCUUGACUUUUCCCACAUUUUGUUACGUUACAGCCUUAUUCUAAAAUUGAUUAAAUUGUUUUUCCCCCUCAUCAAUCUACACACAAUACCCCAUAAUGACAAAGCAAAAACUGGUUUUUAGACAUUUUUGCUGAUUUAUAAAAAAAAAAAAAACGGAAAUAUCACAUUUACAUAAAUAUUCAGACAUUUUACUCAGUACUUUGUUGAAGCACCUUUGGCAGCGAUUACAGCCUCGAGUCUUCUUGGGUAUGACGCUACAAGCUUGGCACACUUGUAUUUGGGGAGUUUCUCCAAUUCCUCUCUGCAGAUCCUCUCAAGCUCUGUCAGGUUGGAUGGGGAGCUGUGAUAAGGUGGUGUUGAAGGAGUCAGGCGCAGGAGGGUAAAUCACAGAAACAGGCUUUAAUCCGAAAAAUACAGGUUUACGCAGAAAUGCGUCAAACACACUCCAGGGCACAAAACAGGUGGACUGGAAAAUACAAGGCACACGGGAAAAAUACUCCCGUCGAUACCAAAUACAAGAGCUCCACCGAGCUACUAACCUCCACAACAAACAAUCACCCACAAGGACAAGGGGGCAGAGGGAACACUUAUACAUGGACUAAUUAGGGGAAUAGAACCAGGUGUGUGUGAUUGACAAGAUAAUUGAUAUGAUGAUUGGGGCGGCAGUGGUUAGCACUCCGGUGACGACGAACGCCGAAGCCUGCCCGAACAAGGAGGGGAGGCAGCCUCGGCGGAAGUCGUUACAGGAGCGUUGCUACACAGUUAUUUUCAGGUCUCUCCAGAGAUGUUUGAUCGGGUUCAAGUCCGGGCUCUGGCUGGGCCACUCAUGGACAUUCAGAGACUUGUCCUGAUGCCAAUCCUGCGUUGUCUUAGCUGUGUGCUUAGGGUCGUUGUCCUGCUGGAAGGUGAACCUUCGCUCCAGUCGGAGGUCGUGAGCGCUCUGAAACAGGUUUUUAUCAAGGAUCUCUCUGUACUUUGCUCCGUUCAUCUUUGCCUCGAUCCUGACUAGUCUCCCAGUCCCUGCCGCUGAAAAACAUCCCCACAGCAUGAUGCUGCCACCACCAUGCUUCACCGUAGGGAUGGUGCCAGGUUUCCUCCAAACGUGACGCUUGGUAUUCAGGCCAAAGAGUUCAAACUUGGUUUCAUCAGACCAGAGAAUCUUGUUUCUCAUGGUCUGAGAGUCUUUAGGUGCCUUUUGGCAAACUCCAAGUGGGCUGUCAUGUGCCUUUUACUGAGUAGUGGUUUCCGUCUGGCCACUCUACCAUAAAGGCCUAAUUGGUGGAGUGCUGCAGAGAUGGUUGUCCUUCCAUCUCUACAGAGGAACUCUAGAGCUCUGUCAGAGUGACCAUCGGGUUCUUGGUUACCUCCCUGACCAAGGCCGUUCUCCCCCGAUUGCUCAGUUUGGCCGGGCGGCCAGCUCUAGGAAGAGUCUAGGUGGUUCCAAACUUCUUCCAUUUAAGAAUGGAGGCCACUGUGUUCUUGAGGACCUUCAAUGCAAUGAAAUGUUUUGGUACCCUUCCCCAGAUCUGUGCCUCGACACAAUCCUGUCUCGGAGCUCUACGGACAAUUCCUUCGACCUCAUGGCUUGGUUUUUGCUCUGACAUGCACUGUCAACUGUGGGACCUUAUAUAGACAGGUGUGUGCCUUUCCAAAUCAUGUCCAAUCAAUUGAAUUUACCACAGGUGGACUCCAAUCAAGUUGUAGAAACAUCUCAAGGAUGAUCAAUGGAAACAGGAUGCACCUGAGCUCAAUUUCGAGUCUCAUAGCAAAGGGUCUGAAUACUUACGUAAAUAAGAUGUUGUUUUUUUUUCCCAAAAAAUUCUAAAAACCUGUUUUCACUUUGUCAUUACGGGUUGUGUUUAGAUUGCAGAGAAAAUUGUUUUAUUUAAUCCAUUUUAGAAUAAGGCUGUAAUGUAACAAAAUGUGGAAAAAGUCAAGGGGUCUGAAUACUUUCCGAAGGCAGUGUAAUUGACCUUUAUUGUUUUUUCAUUGACCUUUAUUAUUUGUGUGAGUGCAGUUUGACCAUCGGAGUACCCUCCAUGAGAUGUACGUACUAAAUGUGUUUGGACCCAUCACUGUACUUUUCUCCAUCCUGGGAGGCUACGCUGCCUACAAAGACAAGAGAAUACUUCUGAUCCUGGUAAGUGUCUCUAAGGCUCCGUUCACACAGGCAGCCCAAUUCUGAUCAUUUGCCCAAUUAGUGGCAAAAAACAGAUCUGAUUGGUCAAAAUUCCAAUUAGUGGCAAAAAGUUCAGAAGUGGGCUACCUGUGUAAAUGCAGCCUAACAGGAUUGGGCUCAAUUCCAUUUAAAUUCCAUUCAAUUCACGAUGUACAAUUAAAUUAGAAUUCUGUCUUUUCAAUGCUUUUUAAUGAGGAAAAUGUUGAUUUUGGAAUUUGGUUUAAUUUCUAAAUUGACUGGAAUUGAAAUGGAAUUGACAACAACCCUGGUUUCUAACAGCUUAGUCUCAUAUAUCAGAGUUAUAGGAUUGAUUUGUGUUACUAUUCAAAUUCAUCUGAUAGUUUUCAAAUCAAAUCUAGACAAACUAUAAUAAAUGAUUAGGACAGGUUUUUUUGGGGGGGGAAAUGUGCAUGUCGUUAACCUGUCUCUGUCUGUCUCUGUCUCUACAUCUCUCUCUCUAGCUCUCUCUAAAUAUAUAAAUAUAUAUACAAUCUCUCUCUUUCUACAGUAUGCUGUCUUCAUGACCUGUGAAUUCAUAGCCAUCGUAAUAAUCACUGUGCCGAUGGUUCGUGCCCAACCAAAGGUACCCACUUCCUUCCCCCAAAAAUGUAAUUGAGUUAACGAUUAAAAACUGUUGUUAUGUUAAUAAACAGUGAGUGAUGUUAUAAUAAAGUGUUGUUAUGUUAAUAAACAGUGAGUGAUGUUAUAAUAAACUGUUGGUAUGUUAAUAAACAGUGAGUGAUGUCAUAAUAACGUGUUGUUAUGUUAAUAAACAGUGAGUGAUGUCAUAAUAACGUGUUGUUAUGUUAAUAAACAGUGAGUGAUGUCAUAAUAACGUGUUAUUUAUUCCUUUAGAUGGAGGAGAUUCUGGACAGAAGGUUUCACUCUGUGACUCCUCUUCACGAUACUGAACCACAGUUCCAGAGGGAGCUGAACAAACUCCAGGCAUCAGUAAUGAUCAAUCAAUCAAUCAAUCAAUCAAUCAAUCUGGCUUCAGAUCUGUAUUAGCUUCAGCCAACUUGUCUGAAUUUUGUUAGCAUUGUCAGAUCUGUAUUAACUUUAACACCAUCAUAAUUGCCAUUAAUCAAUUUCUUGACAAUGGUAGCCAGAAUAGUUGGCAAAAACAUACAGAGCGGACCAUUUUUUCGCUGCAACUCCCCUACGGACCCGGGAGAGGCGAAGGUCGAGAGCCAUGCGUCCUCCGAAACACGACCCUGCCAAGCCGCACUGCUUCUUGACACACUGCUCGCUUAACCCGCAAGCCAGCCGCACCAAUGUGUCGGAGGAAACACUGUCCAACUGGCGACCGAAGUCAGCUUGCAGGCGCCCGGCACGCCACAAGGAGUCGCUAGAGCGCGAUGGGACAAGGAAAUCCCGGCCGGCCAAACCCUCCCCUAACACGCUGGGCCAAUUGUGUGCCGCCGGUCACGGCCAGCUGUGACACAGCCUGGGAUCGAACCCGGGUCUGUAGUGACGCCUCAAGCACAGCGAUGCAGUGCCUUAGACCGCUGCGCCACUCGGGACGCGACUAAUUGUUUGUUGUUGUUGUACAAUUGAACAAAUGUUGAUAUUUGGAGAUUAGUGUUCUUUUUUUUUGGUUGGUUUGUUUAUGUUUUUUUGUCCAUUAGGAUCAAUGCUGUGGACUGCGUGGCCACUCAGACUGGGGUUGUCACAUUCCACUCUCCUGCUACUGUCCUCUACCUCCUCCAGAUGACUCAGUCGACGGUGGUUGUGAGACUGUAAAUCCAGGCCUACAGAACACCAUGGUGAGCUCACCUACAGUUACCUUACUGUCAGGAGAUGGACAAGUAGAGCUAAGGCCGUCUUAACAUUGAAGACAUUUUAGAUGCACAGAGAUGACUAACAGCAGCAGCCAACGGAUCGAGAAAAACAAAAGAUGAAAUUGAAAUGGAGACAUAAGAUAGCCUUGGGGCCAGCCUUGAGUCAUUUAACUGAUAAACAGCUGAGGGAUGGGUCUGGAGAAAUGUAACCCCUCUCCAAUUCAUAGACAGAGCUAUAGAGGCAAAGACUGACCAUCCAUGAUAUCAACAUUAUAGUUUGGAGGCUCUACAGUGUUUGUCUACAAACAUUGGAGUAAAACAAGCUUAUAUUUGGGGUUCUGAUGAGGUACGACAGUUGAACUAAGCUCAUGAGCCAUUUAUAAGUUAUAUUGUUUAAGAAUCAAUGGGUAUAUACAGUUGAAGUCGGAAGUUUACGUACACUUAGGUUGGAGUCAUUAAAACUUGUUUUUCAACCACUCCACAAAUUUCUUGUUAACAAACUAUAGUUUUGGCAAGUCGGUUAGGACAUCUUCCUUGUGCAUGACACAAGUAAUUUUUCCAACAAUUGUUUACAGACAGAUUAUUUAACUUAUAAUUAACUUUAUCACAAUUCCAGUGGGUCAGAAGUUUACAUACACUAAGUUGACUGUGCCUUUAAACAGCUUGGAAAAUUCCAGAAAAUGAUGUCAUGGCUUUAGAAGCUUCUGAUAGGCUAACUGACAUCAUUUGAAUCAAUUGGAGGUUUACCUAUGGAUGUAUUUCAAGGCCUACCUUCAAACUCAGUACCUCUUUGCUUGACAUCAUAGGAAAAUCAAAAUAAAUCAUCCAAGACCUCAGAAAAAAAUGUGUAGACCUCCACAAGUCUGGUUCAUCCUUGGAAGCAAUUUCCAAAUGCCUGAAGGUACCACGUUCAUCUGUACAAACAAUAGUACGCAAGUAUAAACACCAUGGGACCACGCAGCCGUCAUACCGCUCAGGAAGGAGACGCAUUCUGUCUCCUAGAGAUGAACGUAUUUUGGUGCAAAAAGUGAAAAUCAAUCCCAGAAUAACAGCAAUGGACCUUGUGAAGAUGCUGGAGGAAACAGGUACAAAAGUAUCUAUAUCCACAGUAAAACGAGUCCUAUAUCGACAUAACCCGAAAGGCCGCUCAGCAAGGAAGAAGCCACUGCUCCAAAACCGCCAUAAAAAAAGACAGACUACGGUUUGCAACUGUACAUGGGGACAAAGAUUGUACUUUUUGGAGAAAUGUCCUCUGGUCUGAUGAAACAAAAAUAGAACUGUUUGGCCACAAUGACCAUCAUUAUGUUUGGAGGAAAAAGGGGGAAGCUUGCAUGUCGGAGAACACCAUCCCAACCGUGAAGCACGGGGGUGGCAGCAUCAUGCUGUGGGGGUGCUUUGCAGCAGGAGGGACUGGUGCACUUCACAAAAUAGAUGGCAUCAUGAGGAAGGCUACCCAAAACAUUUGACCCAAGUUAAACAAUUUAAAGGCAAUGCUACCAAAUACUAAUUGAGUGUAUGUAAACUUCUGACCCACUGGGAAUAUAAUGAAAGAAAUAAAAGCUGAAAUAAAUAAUUCUCUCUACUAUUAGUCUGAUAUUUCACAUUCUUAAAAUAAAAGUGGUGAUCCUAACUGACCUAAGACAGGGAAUUUUUUACUAGGAUUAAAUGUGAGGAAUUGUGAAAAACUGAGUUCAAAUGUAUUUGGCUAAGGUAUAUGUAAACUUCCGACUUCAACUGUAUAAUACAUGUAUAAGUCCAAAACUGGAUGUAUCAACUAAGGAUUGUAGCUUUAAACAGACUUGAAACAUUACAGAGGCUUGUGGUGACCUAUAAAGAAGUUUGAUCCCGUUUAUCUGUCUCCGUGUUUUUCUGAAGCCAGACUGCCAGAACAAUAACACACAUGGACAAACUACAACUUCAGUGUCCCAGGAGCGCUGGGUGUACAGCAAGGUAAACCAAUCUUACAGUGGGGAAAAAAAGUAUUUAGUCAGCCACCAAUAUUGCAAGUUCUCCCACUUAAAAAGAUGAGAGAGGCCUGUAAUUUUCAUUAUAGGUACACGUCAACUAUGACAGACAAAUUGAGAAAAAAAAUCCAGAAAAUCACAUUGUAGGAUUUUUAAUGAAUUUAUUUGCAAAUUAUGGUGGAAAAUAAGUAUUUGGUCACCUACAAACAAGCAAGAUUUCUGGCUCUCACAGACCUGUAACUUCUUCUUUAAGAGGCUCCUCUGUCCUCCACUCGUUACCUGUAUUAAUGGCACCUGUUUGAACUUGUUAUCAGUAUUAAAGACACCUGUCCACAACCUCAAACAGUCACACUCCAAACUCCACUAUGGCCAAGACCAAAGAGCUGUCAAAGGACACCAGAAACAAAAUUGUAGACCUGCACCAGGCUGGGAAGACUGAAUCUGCAAUAGGUAAGCAGCUUGGUUUGAAGAAAUCAACUGUGGGAGCAAUUAUUAGGAAAUGGAAGACAUACAAGACCACUGAUAAUCUCUCUCGAUCUGGGGCUCCACGCAAGAUCUCACCCCGCGGGGUCAAAAUGAUCGCAAGAACGGUGAUCAAAAAUCCCAGAACCACACGGGGGGACCUAGUGAAUGACCUGCAGAGAGCUGGGACCAAAGUAACAAAGCCUACCAUCAGUAACACACUACGCCGCCAGGGACUCAAAUCCUGCAGUGCCAGACGUGUCCCCCUGCUUAAGCCAGUACAUGUCCAGGCCCGUCUGAAGUUUGCUAGAGUGCAUUUGGAUGAUCCAGAAGAGGAUUGGGAGAAUGUCAUAUGGUCAGAUGAAACCAAAAUAGAACUUUUUGGUAAAAACUCAACUCGUCGUGUUUGGAGGACAAAGAAUGCUGAGUUGCAUCCAAAGAACACCAUCCCUACUGUGAAGCAUGGGAGUGGAAACAUCAUGCUUUGGGGCUGUUUUUCUGCAAAGGGACCAGGACGACUGAUCCGUGUAAAGGAAAGAAUGAAUGGGGCCAUGUAUCGUGAGAUUUUGAGUGAAAACCUCCUUCCAUCAGCAAGGGCAUUGAAGAUGAAACCUGGCUGGGUCUUUCAGCAUGACAAUGAUCCCAAACACACCGCCCGGGCAACGAAGGAGUGGCUUCGUAAGAAGCAUUUCAAGGUCCUGGAGUGGCCUAGCCAGUCUCCAGAUCUCAACCCCAUAGAAAAUCUUUGGAGGGAGUUGAAAGUCAGUGUUGCCCAGCGACAGCUCAAAAAACAUCACUGCUCUAGAGGAGAUCUGCAUGGAGGAAUGGGCAAAAAUACCAGCAACAGUGUGUGAAAACCUUGUGAAGACUUACAGAAAACGUUUGACCUGUGUCAUUGCCAACAAAGGAUAUAUAACAAAGUAUUGAGAAACUUUUGUUAUUGACCAAAUACUUAUUUUCCACCAUAAUUUGCAAAUACAUUCAUUAAAAAUCCUACAAUGUGAUUUUCUGGAUUUUUUUCCCUCAUUUUGUCUGUCAUAGUUGACGUGUACCUAUGAUGAAAAUUACAGGCCUCUCUCAUCUUUUUAAGUGGGAGAACUUGCACAAUUGGUGGCUGACUAAAUACUUUUUUCCCCCACUGUAUCUGAAAGUUUUUUCUAUUUUAUUUUGAUGCAACAAUUUUCAGUGAAAGCUAGCUAGCAUUGGACUAAACUGACUCCAAAGUUACAUGAUAAACCACAAAAGAAUUAAGAGAGCUGUUACCACAGAGAUACUAUUCAAUUACUAAUAUGUAAUUGUAAUAUAUAAUGAGUUCUAUUAUCUAAUUAUAUGGCUGUUACAAUGCCAUCUUUAUCUGUUCCAGCCUUGUGGUCCCAUCCUGAAGAGACACAUGAUCCUCCUGAUUCAGAUCAUGAUCGGAUUCAUCUCUACAUUUACCACCACUAUGGUAUGACCACUGAUUUGUAUUGUUUAAUGUUGAUUCAUGUUUUAUUUUAAAGCUACUGCUGUUAUUGUUUAAAUGUUUCAUGUUGAUUCAUGUUUUAUUGUGAAGCUACUGUUAUUAUUUUAAUGUUUCAUGUUGAUUCAUGUUUUAUUGUGAAGCUACUGUUAUUGUUUUAAUGUUUCAUGUUGAUUCAUGUUUUAUUGUGAUGCUACUGUUAUUGUUUUAAUGUUUCAUGUUGAUUCAUGUUUUAUUGUGAAGCUACUGUUAUUGUUUUAAUGUUUAAUUUUGAUUCAUGUUUUAUUGUGAUGCUACUGUUAUUGUUUUAAUGUUUAAUGUUGAUUCAUGUUUUAUUGUGAAGCUACUGUUAUUGUUUUAAUGUUUCAUGUUGAUUCAUGUUUUAUUGUGAUGCUACUGUUAUUGUUUUAAUGUUUAAUGUUGAUUCAUGUUUUAUUGUGAUGCUACUGUUAUUGUUUUAAUGUUUCAUGUUGAUUCAUGUUUUAUUGUGAUGCUACUGUUAUUGUUUUAAUGUUUCAUGUUGAUUCAUGUUUUAUUGUGAUGCUACUGUUAUUGUUUUAAUGUUUCAUGUUGAUUCAUGUUUUAUUGUGAAGCUACUGUUAUUGUUUUAAUGUUUAAUGUUGAUUCAUGUUUUAUUGUGAUGCUACUGUUAUUGUUUUAAUGUUUAAUGUUGAUUCAUGUUUUAUUGUGAUGCUACUGUUAUUGUUUUAAUGUUUAAUGUAUUCAUGUUUUAUUGUGAAGCUACUGUUAUUGUUUUAAUGUUUCAUGUUGAUUCAUGUUUUAUUGUGAUGCUACUGUUAUUGUUUUAAUGUUUCAUGUUGAUUCAUGUUUUAUUGUGAAGCUACUGUUAUUGUUUUAAUGUUUAAUUUUGAUUCAUGUUUUAUUGUGAUGCUACUGUUAUUGUUUUAAUGUUUAAUGUUGAUUCAUGUUUUAUUGUGAAGCUACUGUUAUUGUUUUAAUGUUUCAUGUUGAUUCAUGUUUUAUUGUGAUGCUACUGUUAUUGUUUUAAUGUUUAAUGUUGAUUCAUGUUUUAUUGUGAUGCUACUGUUAUUGUUUUAAUGUUUCAUGUUGAUUCAUGUUUUAUUGUGAUGCUACUGUUAUUGUUUUAAUGUUUCAUGUUGAUUCAUGUUUUAUUGUGAUGCUACUGUUAUUGUUUUAAUGUUUAAUGUAUUCAUGUUUUAUUGUGAAGCUACUGUUAUUGUUUUAAUGUUUAAUGUUGAUUCAUGUUUUAUUGUGAUGCUACUGUUAUUGUUUUAAUGUUUAAUGUUGAUUCAUGUUUUAUUGUGAUGCUACUGUUAUUGUUUUAAUGUUUAAUGUAUUCAUGUUUUAUUGUGAAGCUACUGUUAUUGUUUUAAUGUUUAAUGUUGAUUCAUGUUUUAUUGUGAAGCUACUAUUACCUCCCCAGGUGUUAUUUCUUUAGAUGCAAGACAAGUGUAGCAUUUAGCACAACUAUGGUUCAAUACCACAAUGUGGACUCAUUGUUGUGGAUAUGAGUGAAUAAAAAGCACAUUAUUCUGUGCAAAUUUCUAUAUGUUAUAUUAUGUUAUUUUUUAAAAAAUUUUUACGUGUUAUACAUUGUAAAUAAACGGGAACAUUUAAACUUGAUCUGUUCCACUGUAUUCCAGAUUGCUGCCAUCGUGAUGUCUCUGGUGCUGCUGGCCCUGCAGCUUCGGUCCACAGAGCCACCGCUCAACGACAGCCUCGACAGAGUCAAGUACCAACUCAGUCCUCUAGCUCUCCCCUGACCUCAGCGUCAACACCACAGAUAACCAUCCUCUGCAUAAGGAGGAGAAGAUUAUUUAUAUAUAUUUUCCAAACUAUUAUCCUACUGCUGGUCUUUUAUUUGGAACACAAGCUACAGUGGAAAUCAACACGUCUAAAUUCCAGUGCCUGAAACGUUUUUGUUUUUUUAUUACACAAUAAAUGCACUCAAAUGAAAAAUGCUAUUUUAAAGUGUUGCAUUGCCACUUGUGGGAGCCAGCCUCUGUUGCACUGUUUGAGAAUGUGCAUCAGUGGUUAAAGUCUGGGUUUUCUGUGGUUUUCUGUACAUGAUAAAUGCCAGUUGUUCCCCUCAGAUCUAACUAUUGUACCUUGUUUUUGAAGUGCAUUAAAAAAAGAUGAACUGCAAGUUAAUAGUGAGUGCAUAAGUGUGGUAUCACAAUGGUGAAUGAAUACGGCAUUAUGAGUAUCUGUCCAACACGGUGAAAGGUUUUUCACCCUCGCAAAUAACAUGUAUCAUGCCAGUAAACAACCAGCUCAGAGUUAAAUGAAAUUAUAUUAUUUAAAUCAUUACUGCUUGUUGUAAUUCUGUCAUAGUAAAAAGUGCUAUGCUGCUAUGACACAGCCAAUUUGGUAAGUGGAAACUGGCAGUUAUGAUUGGACAAUGUGAUUGGAUGAACAUAACCUCAAAGAGAGUCCAUAUAAGAAGAUACGCAUUAAGGGGUGGUUCCCAUAGAAACGCCUGACCACGUUAGCUUAGCAUGGCUGACAAGCUAGCUAUGUAGAACCAUGUAAUAAAGUUGUUUACGACAAAUAUGGAUGUGUCAGUUUGUCCCUUUCAUGGUCAUGUAGU